AGAGAUUUCGCUCAUUGAUGUGCAGUGAUGUUCACAAGAAACCAAUGGAUGAGCGGUGCAGUUUCGUGAACCGUACCGAUGACUGUCAAAUUGAUGAGGGCUUCAUUGACUACAUACACAUCCUCUAUUGUGAUUUCAGCCCUCAUCUGCUGCCAUUGGCAGUCACAAUACUGGUUCUAUGGCUGAUGUUCCUAUUUAUUGGUCUAGCAGUCACCGCUGAUGACUUUUUCUGCCCUGCGCUGUCGGUGAUAUCAGACACAUUGAGGCUGAGCCACAAUGUAGCAGGUGUGACAUUCUUGGCAUUCGGGAAUGGUGCUCCUGAUAUAUUCUCCGCCAUUGCUGCCAUAGGAAAUGCCAAGAAUGGUGAUGCUAGCCUGGCCAUCGGUGCCUUGUUUGGUGCUGGUGUGUUUGUGAGUACAGUGGUAGCUGGGACUAUAGCCAUCAUCCACCCAUUUGACGCUAUGCAGCGGCCAUUUCUGCGAGACAUGGUCUUCUUCUUGGCAGCAGUCUUCUGGACCUUUGUAGUCCUCUGGGACAAAAAGAUCACCAAAAUGGAAGCAAUAGGUUUCAUUCUGCUGUAUGUCGUCUAUGUGCUGACAGUUGUGAUUGGGCGAUAUAUCUACACCCGUCAAAGAACCAGGUUGAAUUCUCAGAGUAUCCAGGAGUCUUCUGGUAUUAACAGAAUAAGCCAGCUGGACACAGUAUGUGAUGAGCGCCAGCCCCUGCUCUCCAACCCAGAUGUGAUCAGCCUGACAGCUGUGAGGGUGGAGGGGGCGUGGCCACAGUUCCUAGAGGCUGUCAACCCUGUGGACUCGCACGGUUGGUCAGGAAUGUCCUUGCCAAAGAAGAUUUACGAAGUUCUCAAGUGCCCUGUUGUUUUUCUGCUGACGAUCACAGUGCCAGUGGUGAACUAUGAAGAUGACAAACAUAACUGGAAUAGACAUCUCAGCUGCCUGCAAUGCAUCCUUGGACCUGUGUUUUCAGUACUUGCUACCAAAGUUGGGUUCACACUGCUGGGUGGGGCAUUUCCUGUGUGGGGCCUCACUGUGGUGUUGAGUGUCCUGCUGGCAGCCGUCAUCUUCUUCACCUCAGUCAAUGAGUUACAGCCUAAAUACCAUGAUGCAUUUGCCUUCCUGGGCUUUCUGGUGGCUGUGAUAUGGAUCUACUCUAUAGCCAAUGAAGUUGUCAACAUUCUGCAGACCUUUGGUGUUGUGUUCAACAUCAGCAAUGCUAUUCUCGGUCUCACGCUCCUGGCAUGGGGAAACUCCAUUUCAGACUUCAUAGCAGACACAGUGAUGGCUCGCCAGGGCUACCCCAGGAUGGGCAUCUCCGCAUGUUUCGGGGGCCCACUCUUCAACUUACUGCUCGGGAUUGGAAUUCCAUUCACAAUUGCCACUAUUAAGAAUGGAGACUAUUCAAUCCAGAUCACGCUGGAGGAGGUGGUACUGGCAGGGUUCCUAAUGUUCUCUCUAGUAUCCAGUCUGCUCAUCGUGCCUCUCUCAGGGUUCCGUAUGACACGCGCCUGGGGCAUCUACCUCAUCAUUGUCUACAUCACCUUCCUGGCUGCAUCCAUUCUCACUGAGACUGGUGUCUUCCAUGCAGAGAUCAACACUGGAGCUUAGUCUGACACCCUGGGCUUCGACCUUUCCCUUGUGCAAUGUUAGGAUGUAUACUGUAUUGGUAAUGAGCAGCAUUAUCCUUUCCUAUAUUAUAAGACUUGUUAAAAUCAUAUUUGUAGAUUAAAUAAUUAUUGACCAGUAAUCAAUUUUAGGAUGUGCAUUGAAUAGCUUGCCAACAAAAACUUGAUACUCUAUUAGCAUAACUGUAAUAACUGUAAGUGUUUGGACGCUUAAAAAUAAAUUGUUGUUUUGUGUUCCAAAAUUUAUAUAUGAAAAAUAUUUUAAAACGCCCAUUUAGAGACAUAUCAGUUAUGUUUGUUUGUCAAUUAUUAUAUUGAAAUAAAACAGAUUGAUACAUGUGCAAUAAUUUAAUUGUGUUGUAGUCUCCUUUUUACUUAAAAAAAAACACCUUUCUUAUUUGCAAUCUCUUACCUGAAAUGGUAUAUAAAACGUUAUAAAAAAACAAUACUGUUUCCUGAAUAGAUAUUAUUUCAAAUGCUGUUGGGCGAAACAAUUGUUUAUCACCGGUAUGAAUGGUAAUCUACCAUAUAACACAAUGUAAUGGUCCAUUUCCAUCAGGGAAUUCAUACAGGUAUGUCAGGUUUAUGACCUUAAUACGGUCGUAAACUCCAUGAUUGAAGGGUCCCAUAUAAGCAAAAACAGGGCAGAAAUCUGGUAAAGUAAGGAAAAAAUAUUUUGGCUGAAAAACGGGGUGUAUGAAAACUUAUGCUUUUGUGCUUAUUGAAUACGGCUAAAAAUUACACAGAUCCACAUAAGGUGUUCAUACUUUUUACUCAAUAUGUUAGCUGAUGUAAAAUGUAAAAACUACGAGCUUCCAAGUAAAUUUAGAUUUAAUGGCAUUAUUAGUUUUAUUUAAUGACUAUUACUGUGUGUGUGCUUUCUUUUUAAAUCACUGUGCUUUUCAUAUUAGUUUCGUUUGAACUUUUUUAUGGAUUGUUUUUUAUGAACUUAUUUAAUUUUGUUUUUGCUCACUUAGAGUCAUAGUAAUAGCCUAAGCAGACAGGCAAAUUUUGCAAAGCAUAACUUUGUUCAGCAUAUAUCAAUACUUAAAAAAAUCUGCAGAUUUAAUAAGUGAUUGUUGCACAAAACGAAGUCCAAUAUAAAUUUUUCCAAAAUUGAUGGCUUUUCAAGUUACAAGAUAAUGGUUACAAGAUAAGAACUCAGUCAUUAGGGCCAAUGUUUAAUUUCAAGGUCAAAGCUCAGAAUUCAACACCAUUGUUGGAGCAUAACUUUGUUCAGCAUGAAUGAAGUGUUUAAAUAACUCAGUUAAAAAGAAAAUAGUACUGUGUACUUUAUACUUAAUCAGUUGUGUGUAUUGUUAUUGAUUAUAGGACAAAGAACAUCCAGACGAUGGGUAUCCUGCAUUGAUUUUUUGCAUUUUCGGACAUUCAACACCUGGUAAAUUUGGCGACCAGGACAUUUGGCACUCGCUUAUAAAGUCCACCUGAACAAUCGGCAUCCAACUAACGGCUAAAAAACAUUAAAUGUUUCUUGCAAAUAUAGACAUUUUGCUUGUUUUGACUUUGCUACAAUUGCAACCAUGUAGUUGUCGAUACGCAACCUUCGCACACCUUUAUGUGUCGUGAUGAAUUCCAUUAUUUUGUUUGAAUUAAAUCAGUUUUCCUUCUUCUAUUAACACUUAUUGUCUUUUGCAGUUUGUUGAUUUGGAGAAAAUAUUAAGUAACGGAAAUACCUUAAUUAUCUUUGAUAAUCUUUUAUGUAUAUAAACUGUGUACAGGUUUUAUCAAACAAAUUAGCAUAUUAGCUUAAUCAGUCCACACUUAAAUUAGCAGAUUAGACUUAUCAGUCCAACAAUUUAUCAAUCACCUUUACUCGGGUGCCAAUUAUUCGGCUGGACAAUUUAAUCGAUUGCUGAUUUUCCUGGUUUAAACAUUUACGAGGUGACGAUUGCCUGGGAAUGCAAGAAAACGCAGGGAGCUUAUUGUUCGGGUGUUGUUUAUUUCUUAUUAUUACGUUUUUAUUUUAGAUAUGAAACCAGAAUAUUGUUAAAAUAUUUUAAUAUGUUUAAGUAAAGUAGUAUUUCAAACUAAUCAAGUUAAGUCCAAUGUAAAUCAUGUCACAACAAUUUCUCUUGAGUGCAACAUAUACGAACUAAAUCAAUCAUUCUGAUUGUAACUUAAAUGCCGAAACUACUCCUGUUGCAUAGUUAAUGUUGUUUUCAGUGUGUGUUGCUAGAUAAACAAUAUAGUGCCUUUAAGAUGGUCACCUUUUUUUAUUUAAAGCCUAUAUUAAAGUGUUGUACAUUUUAUUGUGGUUUAUUUAUUGAAUAAAAUGUUUACAUGUUUUA